AUGAACGACAUCAUUCUUGCUAGCACAAAGAUGUCUGAAGCCGAUCAUCCCAACCGCAGGCCGCAGGGAAAUUCAGAGCAUACCAACAAAAAUUCAGGCUCGGAUGCCUCAAAAAUACCUCCAAAGAAUUAUAACAUACAUCGACUAACCCAAAGCUCACGGCCAAGCGAACAAUUCCUCUUGAGGUCCCGGGAGCGUGAAGCCGAACAAGCCCAUGAGGAAGAUACGACUGGGUGCUUGUGCCCCAUUCUCGCAACACUUCCGCAUUUCCAUUGGUCAAAAAAAGAGCGACGGCUUGCUGGGGAUCAAUUUGCAUACGAUAUUUGGCACAAACCACGGGAGGAACUGAACGAAUCACCCGCACAAAAGGGAUGUCCCUCUUGUAAAAGUUUUUGCAAAUGCCCUGGGGUAUGGAGAUGGUGGCCUGGAUGGACUGGCAAUUGAGAAUUCCAGCUGGUUAUAGUACCUACUUAUGCUGUUUCCAAUAGCACGGUAAAUUACAAAGCAACUACUUGAGAUUAGUCUUGAGAGGCGGAGCGGCGGGGCGGGAAAACGUGCGUUACAUGGAACAGCUACGUACUUAAGGACUAAUCCAAGUGACACCCUCAGAGGGAAUUGUCAAAUACACAUACGAUGCUCGUCUGG